GGCAAAUAAGAGCCAAAACAAUUCUUGUCAAUUAUUUCGAGCAAUUAUUACAAUCGUUUUUUAUUCUACCACAAUAUUUACUUUAAAUAAUGGCGACAGAUGAAUUUCAAAUUCAAAAUAUCUACCGUUAUUCUAGAAAAUCUUUUAGGAAUCAUCAGAACUCUCCUAUAGAUAACUAUGCACCGAGCCCAAGGGAGGACCCUGAUUCAGAUGCGGCCGAUUCAUCGCCCAGAAACGACAUAAGAUUCGAUGAAAUAAGGCUCGCCACCGCCGGCUGCAGUUGCGAUUUAGACCCUGAAACCGAAAUAGCCAACAUUCUUCAUAAAAAAUGUCCCGUCAUUGCUUUGGCACAGCAGCAACUUCAGAAGCUUUUAGACGAAACAGACAGAUUUCUUUGCGAUAACACGAGGUUGAAUUAUAAGUCUCCUUACGAUGUUGUCUGCUUAUGCAAAGAAACCUUACUGAACUUGAACAAAUGGGAAUAUGUUAUUAUUAUUUUACUUUUGUCUGCAUUCCUGUUUGGUCUAAUCAUAGGGGCAACCUCCUGUAAGUCUCAGCAUGGCAAAUUUAAUAGCCAUUUAUUGACAUGCAUAGAUAAUAUGCUCACCUUUGAUUCUUACACUAAUGAUAAAAGUUUUCGCGCCAUCACAUAAUCUAUACAAUUUUUAAUUAAGAAAUACAAACAGAGUAAGUUUGUUUUUUAAGAGUUACCUGUUGUAAUGAAUGAUAUCUCUUUUUAUUUUUUCAUUAGUUAUUACAUUUCGAAAU